AUGCUGUAUCGGUGGAUCGUGGAAACUCAAGGGGAGGCUCUUGACGAUGCCUUGAUUGCGAGAGUGGUACUACAGGUACACCGCUCUUACCACGUCAAGACCGCUUCCGAGUGGAUGGAGAUGGAUUGCUCCCCUCUCUCGUGUCUCGUCUCUUUGUCUCGAUGGAGGUGGAUGGCGAUCUCAACACCUCGGAGGAUUUCACGAGCAAGUUCAAGGGGUGGUUACACCUUCGCUCCGAUUUUUGUCGUUGAAUCCCUCGGCCGAUUGGACACAAGUCCCCCCCAGGACAUCACACAAUCCCUUUUUGCCUCUUCCGAGACAUUUCACUUCAGGGAGGGUAUUGUGUUCGACCUUUCCACCGUCUAUGAUACCCUUUUGGUCGCUCCUUGUUUUUUGGUCUCUCUCUCUCCCUCUUCUGUGACUCGCUUCUCCCUUUCUGGGCCAGUCUGUCCUGCUAGGCUCCUCCAUUUUUGA